AUGGCGCGUCGGAAACAGGUUAACCCUUCUCGCAGUCGAGCAUCGCGCGCCGCUUGCACACCAUCCGAAGUCGUUGAAGUUGAACCGUUAGAUUUGGCAGUCUCCCACGUUCCUCCGACACCUCUUUCCUCACCCACGCUAGUCGUUCCGCAAAUUGAAGGCAGUCAGCGCAGGCCUGACGGCGACGGUAGCGGCGGUAGCCAGUCAGCUGGUCAAUCCGACGGCUGGCGCACAAGAUGGGUCAAGCUAGGGGACCCUGAAGGUGCUGACGUGGCAUUACUGGGACCAUUCACACCGUCGUCGCAUCCUCGUCGCACUCCUCUCCACGUUCUCAACCAGCAACGCAGCGGCUGCGCUGCCGCUGCUGCUAGCGGCGCCACACCUACCGCGACGCCCGGUAGUGUCAUACCCGAUAGCGAAAUACCCGAUAGUGGCGAUCCGCUGGGUCGUCUAGCCGUGCUUCGUGCGUUCUUAGAGCGGCACAGAGGAGCGCGCGGGGGAGAGGGCGGCGUGGGCGAGGGGAGGGCGGGGCUGCAUGCGUGCUUGAGCGUGCGGGAGAGCGCGGGCGGCGAGCCGUCGCGCUCGCGGACGUGUGGGCGCGCGCAGGUGCCGCGGGUGCGCGCGGAGGACGUGGUGCUUCACGUGGUGCGCGCAGAGGAGGGCACAGGCGAGCGCGCAGGGGGUAGGGCGGGGGAAAGGGAUGGCGAGGCGGAAAAAGGGAGGGGAGGAGGGGAAGGGGUUGGGGGUGGGGAAUGGGAGAAGUGCGAGGAGUGGGAGGAGGAGGGAAUGGGGGGGGAAAGAGGGGAGGCGGAGGGAAGGGAGGGGGAAGGAGGGGAGAGGGCGGAGAUAGUAGUGUCUGUGAGGGCGAGUGAAGUGAGGCAGCUGCAGCACCCACGUGCCUUGCACGCGCUGCUGUACCUCGCAGAGAAGCACCUCGUUACUGUCACACCCUACCUCGUUGCUGCACGCCCAGCGGAAGCAGUAACAUGGCCAUAUGAAUCACAUUCGUGCCUGUGUGGGUGCGUAUGGGUGGCGGUGGGCUUCCCCAGCAGCCUCGCCCCCUCUCUGCCCCUACCGGACGUGCACGCCCCUCUGCUCUCCCCGCUGCUUAACACUGUGCGCCGCCCCUCCCAUGCGCCCCACAUGCGCGCCCUCAUGGAUUGCCUCGCCCCCUUUGCCCCGCCCCACGCCCCCAUGCCUCCAUGCCCUGGACAUGAUGCUCAUGACGUGGCUACUGCUGACGUGGCUACUGCUGAAGUGGCUACUGCUGACGUGGCUGCUGAUCUAGGUGGAAAGGACGGAGUCAAGGAGAAGAGUGAACGGGAGAAAGGGAAGGGGAAAAUUGGCGAGGGAAGCAACACAGGCGUGACAGUGGAUGGUGGCAGCGGAGGUGGCAGCAAUGGCUCUGGUUGUGCCUCUGCUUCUGUGGCUGCUGGUGGCAACGAGGAAGUGGCUGGUGCAGCGGAGGCGCGAGGGGGCGUGCAUGGCAGGGUGCAUGCGGCCAGCUGCUUUGACCUCGCUCAGCUCUAUGCUGCUGUGCGUCCCAGCAGGUGGGUGGUGGCGCUUUUUCCGCCCGUGCACUUCCCCUGUUUCCACCACAAGUGCCUUUACUGGCCGUCUCACUUGUCGCGACUCGUCCCCUUCGUUUUUUCCAGGAAUCUGCCACCCCUCGCCACGAGUCCGGCCGGCCUGCUGCCCUCGCUGCGGCCAUACCAAAGCCGGGCCGUGGCGUGGAUGGUGCAGCGCGAGCGCGGCGCUCAGGGGACUUGCAGGAAGGGCGAUACUGGGGGAGGUAGAGUUGAUGGGGAGGGGGGAGCAGUGCAGGGGGGGCAGCAUGGAGGGUGGAGCCAUGCGGAGCAGCAGCAGCAGCAGCAGCAGCAGCAGCAGCAGCAGCAGCAGCAGCAGCAGGGGUGGGGAGUGGCGGAGCAGCACCCGUUGUGGCGGCGGGUGACAGCAGGCAGCGCCACUGACCCCUUGUCGCAGCCGACUCACACCAGCACCGCCCCUGGCGCCACUCUCCUCUACAACCCCUUCCUAGGCACAUUCGUCCGUCUUCCCCCCUCCGCCUCAUGUGCAAGGGCUGGGAGGCAGCCGCAGGGGGAAGAGGCAGUGGGGCAUGGGGGGAAGAGGGAAAGCGGGGAGAUGCAGCGAAGUGGCUCCUCAUUGGGUCCAGGUCUGGUGAGCCAAGGUCUGGCGAGUGCAGGUUGGGGGAGUGGUGUGUGCGGGUGGGUGGGUGAAGUGGCGGGGGCAGUGAGAGGCGGCAUUGUGGCGGAGGAGAUGGGGCUGGGGAAGACCGUUGAGGUGCUUGCUUGCAUCCUCGCCCACCGCUGGAGGGGCGGUGGGGGUGAGGGAGAGGGGGAGGAGGCGGAGGAAAUUGUGUUGCAGGGAGAGCAGGUGACAAGAGGAAAGCGUAGGAGGGGGGAGGUAGAGGAUGAGGGGGUAAUGGGGAAGAGGAGGGGAGUGCUGAGAGGUGAGGAGCGGUCGGUGGAGAGGAGAGGAGAUUGGGCAUGUGGGGAGAAAGCGGAGGGGGUUGAUAGUGAGGAGAGGAGAGGGAGCAGCAGGAGGCGCAGAGGCAGCAGUGGGGGUAGCAGCAGCGGCAUCAGUUGCUGCAGUGCAGGGAGUGGGGCAGAGGCAUCGGCAGCACACGGGGCGAGGAGAGGGGUAGAGGCAUCGGCAGCACACGGGGCGAGGAGAGGGGCAGAGGCAUCGGCAGCACACGGGGCGAGGAGAGGGGCAGAGGCAUUGGCAGCACUCGGGGCGAGGAGAGGGGCAGAGGCAUCGGCAGCACACGGGGCGAGGAGAGGGGCAGAGGCAUCGGCAGCACACGGGGCGAGGAGAGGGGCAGAGGCAUUGGCAGCACACGGAGCGAGGAGAGGGGCAGAGGCAUCGGCAGCACACGGGGCGAGGAGAGGGGCAGAUGCAUCGGCAGCACACGGGGCGAGGAGAGGGGCAGAGGCGAGCGCGGGAGGGCAGGCAGAGCCGCAACGAGAGACGAUGGAGGGGCCUUUGGAGGGCGUGCCGUGGUGCAAGGGGCAGCGGACGCAGAGGGGGAGAGACGGGAUGAGGGGGAACGGGCGGAUGACGGGUGGUGGGGGUUGUGGAGAUAUUGAGAAUGAGAGAAGGGAGGAAGAGGAGGAGGAAGAGAAGAGCAGGAAGAGGAAGCGAGGGAGAGAGGGUUGUGAUGGGACAGCAGCAGGGAGCAGCAGGGGGCGUGGUGGUAGUGGGCAGGUGGAGGGCGCGGGAGGAAAGGAAGGGGCAGGGGAGGACAUCGAGGGAGGCGAGGUGCGGGAGUGUGGGAGUACGCUGAUCGUGUGUCCGGCGGCCAUCCUCCCCCAGUGGCAGCAGGAGGUCGUGCGGUCCGUGCCUGCCUGCCUGCCUGCCCAUUCUGUUUGGGACCAGUCCCCUUCCACUCCUCUCACCACGUCCCCUGCCUCUCCUCCCGUUGCCUCCUCCGAUUCUCCUCUCACUGCAUCGUCUGCCACAGCUGGAAGGGUGGGAGAGUGUGGUGGUCGAGAGGGGAUGGCAGGAGAUGGCAGGUGGAGUGGCGGAGGAGAGGAUGGGGAUGGCAAGAGGCGGGUGGAUGGAGAGAGCAGUGAGGGAAAGGGCGGCGCGGGCAGCAAAGGGAAAUGCGGGGAUGGCAGCAGAUGGAGGGAUGGAGAGAGAGUGCAUGCAGGAGGCAGGCAAGCAGUGCAAGGGAGUGGAGGAGGGCAGGUGGGCGUUGCAUCAGGCGAUGGAGAAACGGGGCUACAGGAAGGAGGGCUGGGUGGCAGAGGUGGGGAAGAGAGAGGAGGGGUGGGUGGCGGUGAGGGGGAGUCGGAGGCGGUGUGGGAGGAGGUACCGAAUUCGCCCCAUGGCACUGAUACAGCUGCGGUGGUGGCGGGUGUGUGUGGACGCAGCGCAGCAGGUGAAUGGGGGAGCCUCCAACGCCGCCAGAAUGGGGGCCUGCCUGCCCGCCCUCCCUCACCUGCUUGCUGUCCCACCCCUUCCUCUAGGUACCAAAUCCGCCCCACACCACUAACGCGUCUGCAGUGGUGGAGGGUGUGUCUGGACGAGGCGCAGCUGGUGGAGGGGGGGGCGUCCAACGCGGCCCUCAUGGCGGCCCGCCUGCCAGCGCGCCUCCGCUGGUGCGUCUCCGGCACGCCGCUGCACCGCGGCCUCCCUGACCUCCUCGGCCUGCUCCGGUUCCUCCGAGCCUCGCCGUUUGACGAGCCUCACUGGUGGCGGCAUUUUUUCCAGCUGCCUAUCCAGUUCAACUGUGCUGCCAAGUUCAACUGUGAUGCCAAGUUCAACUGUGCUGCCAAGUUCAACUGUGCCUUGUGCUCUGCCCCACGGGUUCGUUCGCCCUUGCCCUCUCUCGUCUCGACUCCUCCCUCUUUAACUCCCCCCCUCAUAUCUCUCCAACGCCUCCCCCCCUCCACCGCCUCCCCCUCUUUGGCAAUGCCACGUCAGAAUGGAUGCUUGGCAGCAUGGCACGCGCUCCUGGCCCUCAUGUCGAGGCUGAUGUGGCGCCAUCACAAGGCCGACGUGGCAGACGAGCUGGCGCUGCCACCUCAGCGGCAGCUGCUGACGGUGCUGCGGUUCAGCGCCAUCGAGGCGCACUUCUACCGCCAGCAGCACGCCAAGUGCGCCCAGCGCGCCACCAGCAUGCUGCGCUCCGUGGCACGCGGGGGCCGGAGGGGAGGAGGGAGGAGAAGCGGAGGAGUUGGAGACGGAGUGGGAUUAGAUGGGAGAGGUGAUGGGGAUGGGGAUGCAGAGGCGGAGGGGGAGCAGCAAUGGCAGGGAGGGGGCAGAGAGUGGCAGCAGCAGCAGGAGCAGCUGGUGCUGGGGGCACGGUCAUUAGCGGGUGCAUGUCGGGGCGACAUGGAGCGGUUCCUGGCGUCGCUGCUGCUGCUGCGCCACGCCUGCUGCCACCCGCAGAUCGGCUCUGGUGGGCUCAGACCGUUGGGAUCACAGGGCCGCCCCAUGCACAUGGGCGAGGUGCUGCAGGUGCUGUUGGAGAAGGCGCGGGUGGAGGCGGAGGAAGCCCAGCGUCUCCUCAUCUCCGCCCUCAACGGCCUCGCUGCCCUCGCCGCCAUCCACGCCCCCGCCCUCCCCCUCCACUCGUCCUCGCCGCCCGCCUCUUCCUCUUCCUCUCACUCCCGCCUCCGCACCGAGAACAGCAGCGAGCAGUGGCGGGCAGGGGUGGUGCAGGCGGUGGGGAUUUACCGCAAUGUGCUGCGCCUCAUGGACGGGGAUGGCCCGGGGGAUGGGGAAGCAGCGAGGGGACGGGUUGGAGAUGGCGAUGGGGAGGAAGGCAGAGGCAGUGGGUUGUGUGUGGCGCGGCCCACCACGCAUGGCAGUGUGCUGCGCACGGACCCCCUGCAGCGCCUGCACGUUCUGCACAACCUGCAUGAGCUGCUCGCCCUGCUGCACACCACCAGGGAUGGAGAAGGGACGCGAGAGGGUGAGAAGGGGUGCAAUGCGGUGGAGCCAGGUGGCGAUGGAGCAGGGGUGGGUGUGGCGAGGACACUGAGGGAUGGGCGGCUGGAGGCGGAGAGCGGUGAGGUGAAGGAACGGUACCUGGCGCCUGUGAGGGGCCGCGCUGCUGCUGCUCAGAAAGCAUUUGAGGACACACACUCUCAGGUGGAGGCCCAUCUGGCAGCGGCAUGCCUCUCCACCGCCACCACCCCCUGGUGGCUCACGCUCCUCACUGCACUGCACUCCUCUGCACCGCCCGGCAUGGCGGAGAGCGUCACGGCACGCCUGCACCGAGCGCUACUGGACGACGACCACCGCCUGGCCCAUACCCACAACAUGGCCAGCCUUGGGCUCAGGUGUGCCUCCCUCAGGUUCCGCACGCUGCACGGGGUGCGGCUGGUGCUGGCAGGAGAGGUGGACUCGCUGCUGGCGGGCAGGCGGGAGGUGCUGCAGCGCGUGCUGCAGGCGGGGGGCCAGGUGGCGGCGCAGGGCGUGCAGGGCAGCCUCGUCGCACAGGCAGGCUCGUGUGCUCGCUGCUGUGCCGGGCAGGAGGGGGAGGAGGGGGCGGACGCCAGGGGGGCUGGGGGGUUGCUGGCUGGUGGAUUGGGUGGCGAGGCAGGAGCCGGAACGGGUGGGGGGGAUGAGUGCUGCAUGCACUGCAAGACACAGGAGUUCUUCGAGAGCUACCAGCGACGUCUCUUCCACCUGCGCCUCUCCUCCGCCCCCACUUCCCUCCCCGCCUCGUCCCCCUCCGACCAUCCUGAACCUCCCCAUCCCUCCUCCUUGCCCCACGACCCCCUACACGUCCUCCAAUCCACUCUCGGUGUGCGCCGCACCCCGCUUGCUGCUGCAGCAGCAACAGGGGGGCAGGGUGGGAGGGGGAGGGGCAGCAGGGGUGAGGGAGGGGACGGGUCAGGCGGGGUAGAGGGGAAGGGGGGAACGGUGGUGUGGAACCCGUCUGACACCGAGAGGUGCCUUGCUGUGCUGGCGUCUGUGCUGCGAUCAUUGCCACGUGGCAUCAUCCCAGAGGACAAGCAAGCCAGCCUGGCAGCUGCAGCGUCCAGCUCUUUGGAGGCUCUGGAGGAGUUCCUGAUGGCGCGAGCGUGGUCGGAGGCACAGAGGGGAGUGCUCAGAGCGCUAGAUGAGCUGCACAUGGCCGUCACGCGAAUCACGCUCCGCCACGUGGACGAGCCGCCAGCUGCCACGUCAGCAGCUACACGCAUGGCACGUGUGAGUGAGGAGGAGGCGGCGGCGCUGAGCGUGGUGCUGACGCAUGACAGGCUGGCAGCCGAUGCUCAGCUGCAGGCCAGCCGCGCCCAGCUGAGGUACCUGCGCGGGCUGGCUUCUGCUCGCCGGCGCGCGGUGCAAGGCGGGGGAGGCGUGGGGACGGAGAUGGGUGGGGAGGAAGGGGAUGGGGGAGGGAGUGGGAAAGGUGGGGGAGGGGAGAGGGGUGGUGGAGAGGAGGGGGAGGAGGAGAGCUGCCCUGUGUGCAGGGAGGCGUUGGGCAGUGAGUUAUCGGUGCUGCCGUGCGGGCAUCUGCUGUGCUGCAAGUGCACAUGUUUACUGGUGGAGAGGUCCCCUCAAGCCACCACCACCAGCAUCAGCAGCAGGGAGCGGCGCAUGCGAUGCCCCACAUGCCGCCACGUGGCAAGGGCAUCGGAGAUUGCCUACGUGGACAACCGUAGGGACCACCAUGGGUACCCUGCUGCUGCCCUGCAGACGGAUCAGAGCACAGGUGGUGAGGACUUCAACACAUUUGGAAGCGGUCAGCAAUGUAAUGGUCCCUGCCGUUGUGGUUCAACAAUAUCGUCAGCGUCAGCCGCAGGAGCACUGUCGCAUACCAGCGUGGAGGCACAUAAUUGCUGUUGUCGCACCAACAGCCGUGGUGGUGGGGGCGGUGGAGGGAGGGAGGGGGAGGAGCAGGAGUUGCCAGAUGAAGUGCGGAUGCAGGAGGAGCAGAUGAGCAUUCAUACAGGGUUCGGCACCAAGCUGGACGCGGUAACGCGGCGGGUGUUACGGCUACUGCGCAGCGACCCAUCAGCGCGCGUCAUCAUCUUCAGCGCGUGGAGGGAGGUGCUGCUGCUCGUGCAGCACUGCCUGCACGCCAACGCCGUCCCCACUGCCUCCGCCUUCUCCCACCGGGAAGUGCCUCCAGCAUUGAAGCGCUUCAGAGAGGUCACUCCCGCAGCAGCCCUCUCCGCUCGCCCCACCCGCCCCUCCCAUAAGCCCCGCACCAAGCGCCGCAAACGCUCCCUCGCCUCUCCCCUGCCACCUGCCAUCCCACCGGCCACUGCUGCUACUGCUGCUGCCACAGGCAGGGCAGCGGGGGCAGUGAGCAGUGCGCAAGGGGGGGAGGGCGGCGGGAGGGAAGCAGGAGGGGUCGGGGACGGGGGAGGUGGGGAACAGUGCCGAGUCUUGCUGCUGGUUGUGGCGGUGGGGGGCAACGGGCUGAACGUGGUGGAGGCACAGCACGUGGUGUUUGUGGAGCCGGGGCUCAAUGCGGCCGCUGAGGCGCAGGCUGCCAACCGCGUGCACCGCAUCGGCCAGACCCGCCAGACCUUUGUGCACCGCUUCGUGGUGAGUUAUGUGCACCGCAUCGGCCAGACCCGCCAGACCUUUGUGCACCGCUUCGUGGUGAGUUAUGUGCACUGCAUCGGCCAGACCCGCCAGACCUUUGUACACCGCUUCGUGGUGAGUUAUGUGCACCGCAUCGGCCAGACCUUUGUGCACCGCUUCGUGGUGAGUUAUGUGCACCGCAUCGGCCAGACCCGCCAGACCUUUGUGCACCGCUUCGUGGUGAGUUAUGUGCACCGCAUCGGCCAGACCCGCCAGAUCUUUGUGCACCGCUUCGUGGUGAGUUAUGUGCACCGCAUCGGCCAGACCCACCAGACCUUUGUGCACCGCUUCGUGGUGAGUUAUGUGCACCGCAUCGGCCAGACCCGACCCACCUUCCUUCACCGCUUCAUUGUGCAGGGCAUGGUGGAGCAGCCGAUUCACAAGGUGCAUGGCACGGUGGAGGAGCCCAUUCACGCCCUCGCGCGCUCCAAAGCCGCUGCUGCCCCCCUCUCUGCCGCCCACGCUGCCGCCAACCUGCUGUCCUGCCGGGACCGUGACUCGCUCACCCUUGCUGACGUCACCGCUCUCUUCCCCCAGGCCUGCCUUCCUGGAGAAGGCAGGGAGGCGCAGGAACGGGUGGUGGCGAUGAGGGGUGGAGCAGAGGGGGAUGCAGGCAGGGAGGACGGUGAGAGGCUUGCCCUGGCUACUGCUGCUGCUGCAGAAGCACGGAUGCAAAAACAACCAGAGUGA